AUGGAUCCCCUCAGCGCCCUCAGCGUCGCAGCAGCAGCGGUGCAGUUCUUUGACUUCGCCUCCAAGAUCUUGAAAGCGUCCACAAAAGGGUACCGAGAUGGCAAAGGCAUCGACUUUGAAGCCAUCGAAAAGACAUUAGAAGACUUGAUCGACCUCGAAAAGGGUCUAAACCGUCCAGAAAAACUCCAGCUAGGGCAGGGCGCAGAAGAGACAAUCACAAAACAAGAAAAGGUGCGUGAGCGCUUCCGCCGCAAAGGCCAGGCGCUGGAAGGCCUUUACUCUGAUUGCCGCACUCUUGCUGUGGAAUUGGUCAACAUGUUGCAACAGAUAUCAAAGAAGAAAAUGAAGAAAGGGCACAAAUGGAACAGCUUCCGGCAAGCGAUUCUCUCCGUAUGGAACGAAGGCCGUAUUAAAGCACUGGAAGAAAGCAUUGGUCUGUAUAGAAACCAGCUCGUGACACGGUUAUUGUCAUACUUAAGUGUCAAAAUGGACCUUUACGCAGCACAUAACCAGGACCAAAUGCAGAAGCUGGACACAAACGAUGCCGAAAUCAUGAAAGUCAUCACCUUCACACAAGAUCAGGUACUGUCAGAGACUCGGAAGAAUCACCAAGAAGUCGUGAGUGCUCUGUUCACACUCACGAACGGGGAGACGAGGACCAUGGCACUACCCGAGAGGUCGCAGGCCGACCUACUGGAUGCUUCCCAGGCAAAAUCAGUAGAUCUGAAGGCACAGAGUAUGCUUGAGUUCCAGAAAGGCAGAUCGAUUACAAAGAGCGAGGCCCAACCGAUCCAACAAGCAGUUCUUGAUUGCCUUCAGUACCGCCAUAUUCGUGACCGAUUCGAGACAGCCCAAGGGCGGCAUAGAGACACCCUCGAUUGGAUAUACUGUGAUCCAGUAGAAACUAAAAAACCUUGGUCAAAUUUCCGAGAAUGGCUUGCUUCUGAGGAGCAGCAAAUCUACUGGAUAAACGGGAAGCCUGGGUCGGGCAAAACAACACUGAUGAAGUACAUCAGCCAAGAGAGCCGCACAAUGGAUGGAUUGAACGAUUGGGCGGACGAAGGUAAACUUGUGUCUGCAUCCUUCUUUUUCUGGAAUUUGGGGCCAUUUGAGAUUCAAAAAUCGCAGGCUGGGCUCCUUCGAUCUCUUCUGCACGACAUACUUUCACAAGCACCGUCACUCAUCCCCAUCGUCAUGCCGGAAUUAUGUCUAGAUAUUGUAAAGUCCAAGGAGGAAGUGGGCUCAGGUCUCUUCGAACCGCCCGGCGAGGGGUCAAAUAAACCCUCUCGUUAUAUCGGCGAUCCUACGUGGCCGGAGCUCCAUCGAUGGUUUCGCCGGCUUCUACAACAAACCAACGCCAAGUUACGGUUCUGCUGUCUGAUUGACGGUCUGGAUGAGUACGUUGGAGAUUUUAGGGAACUCAUUAACAUCAAUCUCGGUGAAGUGAAGGCCUCUCCUUGGAUCAAGUUCGUUAUAUCAAGCCGGCCAAUCAUACCAUGUACCGAAAUGUUUUCAUCGUUUCCUGGUCUGCGCCUUCAAGAUCUGAAUUAUGGAGACAUCCGACAGUACGCAACAGAUAUGCUCCAGCCAAAGUUAAGCCUUUUGGCUGAUGAUGUCGGAUCACAAGAGUCUUUAUUGAUUGAAGAGCUCACGAGCAAAUCUUCUGGGGUCUUUUUAUGGGUCGUUCUCGUCGUCAAAUCUCUCGUUGAGGGAUUAGAAAACGGGGACAGGCUGUCAGAGCUUCGGGAACGGCUCCAGCAACUCCCAUCAGACCUGGCGGAACUGUACUACCAAAUGUUUGACAAAAUAGAUGGCUCGUAUCGGCGGCAGGCUUCGAAGAUAUUCAGGAUUUUGCUCCAGGGUUUGGAAUACGAGGCAGAAAGAGAUGAAGCCUACCCACUUAGCGCCUUCAUAUUUUCUUACGCCGAGCACAGUUGGUCCGAGGUAUUAUCUGCUCCAUUUUCAAAGAUGACACCUCAAAAGAUUGCUCGCAGAUGCGCCGAGGUGGAUCGUCGGUUGCGGAGCCGGUGCUGUGGGUUGAUUGAGAUCAACCAACGAACAGUGACAGAUCCCCUUGCCGACGCGUGGUGCGAGGGACAGCUGGAACGCGGUUCCCAUUAUUAUGUCCCGAGCAGUUCAGAAAAGGGGGUUUUAGAACAAGUCCGUGUUGCUCAAUCUGCCAGGCUUCAAGACAGAGUGGUCAUAGCCCCGGUCAUGACGGUGCACAAUGGCAAAUCCCUCGGGGAACCUGGAAACAAUGCAAAGAGCCCUCCUUCAGUUCCGUGUGUCGAAUUCAUUCAUCGAUCUGUGGUCGAGUUUCUUCGAGAACCCUCCGUCUCAGCCAUUCUUUACAAGGAUACCGAACAUGGAACAGAUCCACGUACGUGUCUGCUCUUCGCUCAAAUGCUCUGGCUUAAGGCUGCACCUCGUGACCAAAUAUUCGGCCUAGGAAAUUCUUGCACAGGUCGGCAGCAUUUCCAUGGUGUCAUGCGCACCACUCUUCGAGACAUUGCGGAGGCCGAGUCUUGUAAACGCCCUUUCCCGCUUGACUAUUUGAACGAAUUGGAUCGUAUACUUCAGUCCCACUGGAAUGCAGCAAAGUUUGCACCUUAUACAUCUGGUCCUUUCAGAUAUUUCGCGCCCGCAAAUGGUCACUGGGCUCAGUCGCUCUUCUUCGUUGCGAGUCCGAUCGAGGACAAAAGGUCGUCAGCAACACAAAACCCGGUAGGCAAAAUGGACAUGGUAGUAUCCGAAACCACCCCAAAGCCCGCCCAUUUAAAUGUAAUAGGGCCAAGCCAGAAAGUCUUGGACGAAAUAAACAAUCUGGGAUUGGCUCGGAUAGCCGCUGCGCUGAGCCUGAAGUCAUUCAUUGAAGUCAAAGGGCACUCGGAGAUGAAUAAUAGCCCUACAGAUCCUAAUGUAUACACGCGCCUUCUGGAAUCGAUUGUCCGAUCCAAGACUGAGAUGUAUCUGGUCCAGGAUCACAUGAGGAGGGAAGCUCAGAAGAUCAGAGAGAGCGGCUGGUGGGGACAGUUGACCUUUGAAGGUAUCGGCGCAAGUUCUUGCAUAGCAAUAAUUCAACAUCUCCUCGACAGGGGAGCGGAUCCCAACCACAUUGCGGAACAAGACGAAGCCUCUGUUUGGAUCCGAUACCUCCAGAUCACGCCAAUACUGCUAUACUUUGAAGAGGACGUGGGGGAUCUCGCACGGCCCUUUCGAGAUUUUAUAUCUCACGGAGCCAGCUUAUCAGACACCUUGGAAAUAUGUGCCAAAAUGGGCAAUGUUGACGGCAGCAUUCAUCAUUUUAAUUACGUGUGGCUCAAACGCCUGGGUAUCAAGUUGGGAACAAACCAACAAAUGAGUAAAUGGCAGCCCAGGACCUUUUCGGCGCUCUCAUUUUUGGAGUUUCUGUUUCAUCAUCAGGUCUGGAUCAGUGAUGAAGCUGAUGAUUUGCUCAGUAUAGCUAGAAGACAACCUCAUUCGCAGAAAAGGGACGAGAGAUCCCUGAGUGUCGGAGUACCCGGAAUGAAAAAGGGGAAGGGAAUCAAAGAAAGGUGGCAGAAAUUAUUUCUUCUAUAA